AUGAAUGAAGGCGACCAGAACACGAUAAAGAGCCCAUACCUGAUUGAUCCUGGAGAACCCCCACCUGCUGAUAUGGAUGAAAGUUUUGAUGAAAUCCGUCGUGGAUCUUGCUAUCGAAAUGAUACUGAUCUUGAAGUUGGAAGGAAGAAAGUGGAUACCAAGGAUGUUGAUAAAGAUAAAGAAGAUU